GAUAUCAAAGUACAAAACUACACCCACAAUCCUAUCUAUCUACUGAAUACAAAAAUUGGAAUUGAAGCUCGUUAUGGAACUCCCAUCAACACUGGACUCAAUUAAUUCGUUGGCUCGUGAGUCAGCGGACGAUCCAGAUGUUGAUACUAUUGAAUUUCUUUGUACGGUGGCGCUUUCUAAUCAUACGCUUAAUCGUGACCUUUUACUCAAUUGGCAAGUUGAACUCUCCGAUAUUUCACAAGAUCAUAUCACGUUAAGCUCAGUUGCCAAUGAGUUAGUUCUUGUACAGCAUAAAACAUUCUUAGGAGAUGAAAAUGGGCCUACACGUGAGUGUUUCCGGGACCUCUUUAAUAGAUUGAACAACCUUGACGAUGAGGUUUACCAUGACCUUAAGUCAAUAAUUUUAGAAGUACUUAUUCACGUUGCUCAGAAGUCUGUAUGGAAUCGUGUUGAACUCCAUAAAUUGCAAUUACAUGAAGUGGCGAUUGAAUUUUUACUUGAAGAAAAAUUACAACAACAAACACCACAAUUAUCGCGUCUAGUAGUUUGUUUACUAGAACUUGGCUGCUCAAUCUUACUUUUGCGUAGAAUAAUUGUGCCAUUAUACAACAAAGAGACCUCACCAAGACUUAAACUUGCGCUUUCCGAAUUAUUGAACCAAAUAUUUACCCGUUACCCUUCCCAGGCAAGCUUUCUUUUGAUACAAAUAGGAAGGCUGUUUUCAGGUCAACCAGGGGGUCCACUGUUGCCAGUAUCUCUGCCAGUAGCACUCCCAGUCUUUCGUGAAUUUCAAGGGAAAACUUUCACUGCACAGUUUUGGUUCCGGAUUGAAAAACCUUAUGGAGAAGAAGACGAAGAAGACGAAGAAGAAGAAGAGAACAAAGUGCCACUCUUUCUGCUAGCAGCUAGCUCGGGUCACGAAUCAAGUUUAUUUGUAGAGAUCUCAAAUCACCAAAUUACGAUUGUACUAAGGGGAGACAAGUCAGGUGCACGUAUGCAAUUCUCAUUUAAUCAGUUGUUACGUCACAGACGAAAGAGGACUCAAUCGGGUCAAACAAGUUUCCAACAUCCAACUAGACAGGGAAAUUCCAAUGUAGAAGGUUCAAGCCUGGAAUUCGCUCACAUCUCAUUAACAUAUGACACAUAUAAAAACCUCAACCUUUUUGUUGAUGGGGAAUACAGUGAAUCCAUGCCAUGCCCGGAGAUUUACCGAGUUAUGCAUACAUGGAAUAAAGUAUACAUUGGAGGAGAUAACCAGACAGUUUCAGACAUUGAUCUGACUACUCGUACAGAGCUUAUCAUACGCCAACUCACAGUGCUAAAUCAACGAUUAUCACCAGCAUGGAUUAGUCUUAUCUAUAACUUAGGUAUGGAAUACCUUUGGGACUACAAAGAUUUUACCGAAGACAAUAUAUUCAACUUAUUAAACCAAUUACUGUUCAAAGCAAUUACAAAUUUGGCUUUAAAAGUCCGCGAGCUUCGUGGGAAUCACCAACCCAAUUCCACCCCAACUUCAACUAUACUCCGUAAACCACAUCACCAGAACAAUACCAGUGUGAUGAUUGACCGAUCUCGCAUUGCACAAUACCUUUUAACUGAUAGAAUUCAACAGGAAGAUGUGGUAUUUGACACAUGUGGGAAUGCACUCGUGCAACAUAUUAUAGUCGAUAUUUCGAACACCAUUCACGGUGCAUUUUUUAGCAUAGGAGGGACUGGACUUCUUCUCCGCUUAAUCGAGUUGCAUUCAACUAAGCACUACUCAAGUACAUAUGGUGAUCUGGUUCUAUACAAGAUUCUAACCUUACUAUUUACUCUCUUGAAUAGUAACUGGAGAUUAGCACGAGAGUUUGAGGAUAUUAAUGGAUACGGAGUACUACUUGUACUUCUCACACAGUACAAAGAGCGGGUAAAUCCUGAUCUUGAGCUUUCAUUGGGUACAGAUCCAAAUGCCCCAAAAGUGUCCGUUUUACAACUUCUUCUCCGCAAUGCUGGAUACUCAAUUGACUCUCCCCAUGACUCAUUGGUGAUUAAUCCGACUUUGUACAAGACUCUCGUACUUAAUUUUGAACUAUACUCACAAUCUCCACUGGAAUUUGCAACACUUUUGGGCCAUUUCCGUGGAUUAUUGACCUUGAGCAAAUAUCAACAAGUUAAUGCAUUAGAGCUUGUACGAUUGAAAGUAGUAAAUCGCUUCAUUCAAUUUUUGAAAACCGAAACGUACGUUGCUCCAGAUGAGAAGCUCCUAGAGGCGUUUCAAACAAUUAUGGAAGGAGAAACUUCAGUUGAAACAAUACGUUCUGUCUCUCUCUUCAUUAUAUUUCUGCUUUAUUCCAAACAAGAGAGAAAUGUUGAGCUUGGAGUUAUGGGCACAAAAGUGCUCACUUCUAUACUUUGUGAUAAUGGAUCGUCUGUGAAAGUGCUCAAAAAGUUUUCUCGAUCUAUAACUAUACAUUGGAUUCUUCUUCUUUUGAGUUACAGAGAGACUGGUGGAAAUAUUCACCUGGCCGAGAUUACAAAAUGUGGUAUCAGACUACUUGUUAAACUACUUCGAGUUCUUGGACCACAUAUUAUUCGUCGGUUUUUUCAAGUAAACCACGGGUCAGAUAUACUCACACACUUCCUCAAGGACUUGUGGCAUGAUGAUAAAAUUAUAUCCUUAAUUUACUUAGCUGCAUUUGGAGAAACCCGCUGUGACAAACCCAUUACCAAGAUCUUGUCAAGUUCGCUGCUUCAAUUGUUAAUGCCAGAGUUUCUCAUGGUGCUUUGUAAUCUAGCCUUGAUAUCGACAUAUCUGUUGAAUUUAGAACGAAGCCGGAGUCAAGUUUCCAGUCCAAUCCGUGGCACCCCAAUUUCUGCCAACAAUUCUGCAUCUUCAACUACUAAAACAUUGAAUGUGGUUAAUUUUCUCAACUUAUACAUUGAGAUAAUACAGUCUGGUAUUGAAGAUCCUAGACUUGUAGAGCAUUAUCGGAAGAAAGAAUGGCUUGAUCGCACAUUUGAGUUGGCGGGCCACCUCAAAAUCUUGAACCAAAAACAGCCCGUAAGCUCUAUUCUUCCUUCCAAUGUAUAUGGUUCCAUCUAUGACAAACUUAUCAAUACACUUGCAAGCAUCUUCAUUAGCGAGAUACUUAACACUCAAAGAUUCUUUAAGAUAUUUUCCAGCUUGAGUGAUUUCACCAAAAAACUUGCUCUUCAUACAAUUUUCCCCAAGAUAUUUCAGCAUGUUAACCAAUUCACCAAUGUCCUGCAAUUUAUAUUUAACGAGAAAGAGUUUAUGGAUGCAACUGUGGAGCUUCUUAACUUUUAUAUAGUUGAGUUUAUACAUCAGGGAUACCUGGUUGACUUCGAUGACCUCGAUGUGUUCAUCACUUGUGCGUUGUCAGUUUUGGAAAUAGGCGCAGACAGACAAAGCUCCGGCUCAAAGAGGCUCAAGAGUAGAUUAGGAGAUGUUAUAAUAGGAUGGGUAGCAGCCGCAAACAUUCCUGAAACCCAGAUGACUCCACCAUCAUCUCCAAUAGUGUCCACCCUACCAUCAACCCCACCUUCAAAAGGGUUAAUGAAUCCAGGGUCACCUAAUGAAUUGAUACCACUGAGCCAUGUACCAGUUUUACAACCAGUUUCAGCUCUUCUUUAUAGACUGGUGCUAAUCCUUCAACCAGAAGUGCUUUCAGACCAAAAUUUGAGUGACCUUAUUUCAGUUCUUCUCGGGAACUUCCUCAAGAUGGAUGUGACUCAACAAAAAUCUGCAUCUGAUCUUUUAUUUAACUUCUUGAGGACGUCUUACCUCGUGCGGCAAGAUAGUUUUGCUACCGUUGUUAAGUUCUUGUCAGCAUCGGAUAAUCAUGAAUCAAGUUCUCUCUUUCUUCACUUUUUCCUGGAUACAAUCAUUACUCGAAAUGAUGAAGAAACAUCAAGGUUCCUUCAACGACAUCCUACUAUACCUAAAAUUCUUACAAGAAACUUUCAAAUGAUUAUGGGAAAGGUAAACGAAAAGUCACAUGUCAGUAUCAUGAAUAUGAUAAGCGCUAUGGCCGACGGAGGAGGCACUACAUCGAACGUAUUUAUCCUGACCUUCGAACGUGAUUGUGAACUGCUCAAGGUGCAUAUUAUUAAUGGUGAGAUUGUAAAAUUUAACAGGGGAGCACAGGAUCAACAUGAAGCUACUCUGCAUUGUGUGUCAACGUAUAACGCUCUUAAAUUUGAAAUAUCGAGACUUACCAAAACCGAAGAUUAUCUUGACAAUGCUCAAUUUGUCUUGGACUACAUUGAAGGUUCUGACCGUAUACGAAAGCGAAUGGUGAUAGAAGAUCAAUUAGCCGAGUCAGAAAAGCUUUCAUACAAUAUUGCAGUACCAGUGCGAUUACAAGAUAGCAAUACGAAUGAUUUAUUUUCUGUGGAUGAAAUAGAAUAUGAAGCAAGUGAAAGAAUUUCUUCUAUGAGUAUUAAGGAUUUCCCUCUAGAUGACGUUGAUAUUGAUGGUACAGAGAGCUUUGAAUUGGUAGAUUCUGAGGGCAACCCUGAGUCAGAACUGGCUACAUCCUCAUCUGUAGAAGACAAAAAUAGAAAGGUGGUCCGUAGUUUGUACAUGGGAGACCGCAUAGUGAAUCUUUGGAAUAUUAGUCAAAUCAAUGGUCUAGCCCCCAUUGAAAGUUUGUUGAUCUUAGGUCAGUCUCACUUGUAUAUAAUUGAGAACUAUUUCCACCGUCAGGACAAUGGUGGUGGUGUGGUUGACAUAAACGAUGCACCACUCGAACUUCGAGACCCAUACUUACAAUUGGUCAAUUCACAAACAGGUAGUAUCAGUGGACUGCCAACUUCGCAUCACCGGAAGGCCUGGAGCUUGGAAAAUUUGGGAAGUAUCUCGAAGAGACAAUUUUUGCUUCGAGAUGUAGCAUUAGAGAUGUUUUUUAGUGACGGUGCUAGUAUUCUAAUUACUUGCUUAUCUUCGAAGGAAAGAGAUGCAAUAUAUUCAACAUUAGGAGCAUAUGCCAAGGGUCAAGGGUUGGAUUCCGACCUUGCUCUGGCACUUCAAAGUGCACGGAGUGUCGUGGAUGGUGUAAUUAGCACUGGGAACUCUAAUGGCUUUGCAGCUAAAGUGGCAUCUGCAUUUAGUUCAGCCAAUGUGGCUGUAGCUACGGGAACUUCCUCAUUCUUUGCCUCUGCAUUAGAGAUUGCCACCACGAAGUGGAAAAUGGGACAGAUGUCCAACUUCUAUUACUUGAUGAUAAUUAAUACGCUUGCAGGACGAACGUUUAAUGACUUAACUCAAUAUCCCGUUUUCCCUUGGGUUAUAGCGGACUAUACAAGUGACACAUUGGACCUUUCUGACCCAAAAUCGUUCCGUGAUUUAUCAAAACCGAUGGGCGCCCAAACUCCCGACAGGGCAGCUCAAUUUAGAGAGAGGUAUGAGGCUUUAGAUAGCUUCGAUCAACCAGAUAAUCCAGCGUUCCAUUACGGUACACAUUAUUCUUCAGCUAUGAUUGUUACGUCAUUCCUAAUCAGACUCAAGCCAUAUGUCCAAUCAUACUUACUUCUACAAGGUGGGAAGUUUGACCAUGCAGAUCGUUUGUUUAACUCCAUUGAACGUGCUUGGAAGUCUGCAUCACAAGACAACACGACAGAUGUACGAGAACUUACUCCAGAGUUCUUCUAUCUCCCCGAAUUUUUGGUCAAUAACAAUAACUUUGAAUUUGGGAAACUGCAACAUACAGGUGAGGUUAUGAAUGAUGUUUCUCUUCCUCCGUGGGCACAUGGUGAUCCCAAGGUUUUUGUGGAAAUGAAUCGCCAGGCAUUGGAGAGCCCAUACGUGUCACAAAAUCUUCACUCAUGGAUAGACCUUGUGUUUGGUUACAAACAACUGGGACCAGAAGCUGUCAAUGCAUUGAAUGUAUUUCACCAUUUGUCAUAUAAUGGUGCUAUCAACUUGGACAAUAUUAAAGAUGAAAUGGAAAAAAGAGCAGUUAUCGGAACCAUAAACAAUUUUGGUCAAACUCCAGUGAGAAUGUUUUCUCGUCCCCAUGUUGUCCGUGAGAUUUUGAAUUUACCUAAUCUUUAUUUAACUAUACCCGAUUCUCCAGAAACUCCAGUAUUUUCACUCGUAUUUGAGUCUAAGAUGAGAGUACCGAUUAAAAAGAUCGAGAUUCUGCUGAAGACAAGGAAAAUCAUUGGUCGCCCAGGUUUCGUGGUUUCUGAAGAUGACCUUUUGAUUAGGAAGGCUUCAUGGGGCAAUGGAUCGUUGAUCAUCAACACAACAGUGUUCUUAAAUAUUCACCUGGCAGCUGUAGUAAGUAUGCUACAAGUAGGGAAUAGAACAUUUUUGACUGGACUGGAAGAUGGUGUCAUCAAUGUGUGGCGGUGUUACCUGCGUCACAAAGCUGGUCAUUCAACAUCCCGAGCUGUAGGGACGUCUGCUACUGUUAGUUUAGAAAACUACGGGAUUUUACGUGGUCAUUUCAGUUCAGUGAGUGACCUCCGCUUUAGCUCUUCUUUCAAAGUGGCUCUUAGCCGUGAUAUCGAUGGCGUAGUGAUGCUAUGGGACUUGGCUAGAUUUAAGUUUAUUAGAAGAAUCACUCAGGGCAAUGUGCAACACAUUGCCAUUUCUAAUGAUACUGGCACGAUAGCUGUGAUAUGCGACGACAAUCAUUUAGAACUUUAUACCAUUAAUGGAGAACUCAUUUACCGAGUUCACACGGGUCUUGGUGAUAUAACCAGUCUCUGUUUUGGUAGUGUUAGUGGAGCAGCCGUUACGGACUAUAAAAGGACCGCACUCAAUAGCCAUGUUUACUGGUCAUGCGAAAUCAUUGGCAUUGGAUAUGGACAUGGUAAAAAGGAUGAUGUCGAGAAUGAUGUAGCAAGAAUUGACAUCUACGAGUUCAGCUGUGGUCUUGGUUGGACUUUGAAACUUUUGAGAAGUUUAGAUUUGUCCAAUUCAGGUGUACAUGAUCCUACAACUAUUGAGAUACGGAAACAAGUAGAUACUGAUUCCGAUGAAAAGUUAUCACGUGGUAGUCUCUAUUUACUCGUUGGUGAUUCCACUGGAAGGAUAUAUCUGUGGAAGUAGAUUUAAGAAUAUAUGGUUAGUAUGUUUGUAAAAUCGUCGAAAUGGUA